GUGAGGACAUUAAGGGUUUUGGCUAACCGGAAUUCGGGCUGUUUUUUCAUUUGGCUGGAAGCUUUUUCAUUAGGAGUGUUGCUGACUCUUUUCUGUAAACUCCCUGCAGGAUAAUGCUGACUCGGGGAUGUAUUGAUAUCUCCAUCAUUGUGGCAAUAUGCUGUCCUCCUCAACCGAUUCAAUUAUCCUUUUGAACUGGAAAUGGAUUUAUAUUUGAAGGGCUAUCACCAACUCUUUCAAGGAUCUUUACCCUAUUGUCCUAAAUCACUAAAGUGUUACCUCAGCAGAACUACAGACCGUUUGCCUUCAGAAAGACACCAGUUUGGUAACCUGAAAAAAUACUAUCUCCUGAAUGCUGCUUCUCUUCUCCCAGUACUAGCUCUGGAAUUACGGGAUGGGGAGAAGGCUCUAGAUCUAUGUGCUGCUCCUGGAGGCAAAUCAUUAGCACUGCUACAAUGUGCUUGGCCAGGGUAUCUUCAUUGUAAUGAAUACGAUAGACUGAGAUUGAGAUGGCUGAAGCAGACAUUAGAAUCUUUCAUCCCACAACCUUUGAUAAAUGUAAUUAAAGUGUCUGAAUCAGAUGGCAGAGAAAUAGGAGAUGCUCAGCCUGAAACAUUUGACAAGGUGUUGGUUGAUGCUCCAUGUUCAAAUGAUCGAAGUUGGUUAUUCUCUUCUGAUCCUCAAAAGGCAACCUGUAGGAUACAUCAAAGGAGGAAUUUGCCUGUUCUACAGAUGGAACUCUUAAGGUCUGCAAUUAAAGCCUUACGUCCUGGAGGGGUACUUGUGUACUCGACAUGCACACUUUCCAAGGCAGAAAAUCAAGAUGUGAUCAAUGAAACUUUAAAUUCCUACAGUAACGUCAUGCCUGUGGACAUUAGGGAAAUAGCAAGGACUUGCUCCCAAGACUUCACAUUUGCUCCCACUGGCCAGGAAUGUGGACUUUUGGUGAUCCCAGAUAAAGGCAAAGCCUGGGGCCCAAUGUAUGUAGCCAAAUUAAAAAAAUCAUGGAGUACAGGAAAACGGUGACAUGAAUUUUGUAAACAAUUUUGAUGUAUAAUUAUGUUUAUGUUUCCACGCUCUCCACAUGCAAAUAUUUAAAUGAUGAUAUAACAAUUUUCCUUUGGUCUCUUUGGAAUCCUAUUUAUUUAAUAUUUUAGCAUUUAGAAUCUAGCCUUGAGAAUUUUUCAGGUGUAUUUUCUUUUCCUAGAAAUAUAUCUGUAGGAACAAUUUAAGGAGAUGAAGAUGGUGUUUAUUCUCUAUAAUAAAUCUGCUGUCUUCUACUUGGCAUUUUAUAAUUAAAUUAGAAUACAUAGUUUUAUGUAUAAAAUGUUUAGAACUACAUUCUACCCAUGAUUUUGGUGCUUUGGACCUUUAAAAAUGCAUAUUUGCCAGCAUUCUUACUGUUUCCUCCUUAUGAAAUGUACAGAUUCUUUUUUUCUAAGAACUGAUUGGUAUUCUGAGACUAACUUCUUAAGCAGUACAAUUUCGAGUUCUGAAAAAAUAGGUUUCUUAUUUGCAAAGUUGUUUUCUGUUAAGGACUAUCUUCUGUUUACUACAAAGGUCAGUGACUCAAUUGACACCAGCUUUAGCCCUCCCUUCCUUUUUUUUUUGUAUUCACAAAUACAAAUUGAAAGGGUAAAUUAUGUUGAAAGGCCUUUAGGACAGCAGAUUCACAUGCACACGUUUGACUUUCGACAUUCAGCUUCUAGAAUAAUGGAGUCUAUCCAGCAGGCUAUAAAGCAAGUACUUGAAACAAAACCAGGAUGAUUAAUAACUGCAAUAACUGAACUAUAUUUGGAGAGUUUUGUUACAUAAUUGCAGUCAUAAUGAGCACUACAGAAUCUGAUUAUCUUACAGUUCCAAUCUGGAGGGGCUUUUUAUUUCACUCUGUUAUAAAAUGUUAUAGGAGAAAAUGAUGUCACAUAUUAAUGCACGAGAGGGAGAUGCCUAAUGAGAGUGGAUUGUACUAUUACCAAAACCCAAUACCAUUUACUAAGUGGCUCUCUCUGUUUACAUAUAUCCUGGGAAUAUUGUGUAUGUUUCUUUUUGUGUACUUAAGAUUUUAACUUCAAUUUUUGCAUCAUGUGUUUUCUCCAAAAAUUACUUCAACGAGUCCAAACAUAUUUUAUUAAUUAUUAAGAAAAAGUAUGAAGCAUACUUCUUUUUUUUAAC